ACUUGAAAGAGCUCCAAUCCUUUUUAGGAUUUGCCGGGUAUUAUCGUAGGUUUAUCCAGGGGUAUUCCCAUAUCACCAGGCCACUAAAUGAGCUAACUUCUGGUUAUGCACCUUUCCGGAAAGGGAACAAGAAACCUAAGACAAACACCAGUUCAGGCUAUCACCAUCCAAAAGAGCCGUUUGGACAGCGAUGGACCCCCCAAUGCCAAGAGGCAUUUGACCAAAUAAUUAUAAGACUUACAUCAGCACCCGUACUGGGUUUUGCAGACCCCCAGCUUCCGUAUGUCCUUCAUACGGAUGCCAGUACUAUUGGCUUAGGGGCUGCACUGUAUCAGGUACAGGAGGGGCAGCCGAGAGUCAUAGCUUUUGCGAGUCGCGGGUUGUCAAAGAGCGAGAGCAAAUAUCCGGCUCACAAAUUAGAAUUUUUGGCUCUUAAGUGGGCAGUAACCGAAAAGUUGUCAGACUAUCUGUACGGUACUGAUUUCACAGUAGUCACCGACAGCAACCCGCUGACUUAUGUUUUAACAUCAGCAAAGCUUGAUGCAACAGGAUACAGGUGGCUCUCCAGUCUUUCCACCUUCUCCUUUCAGCUGAAGUAUAGGGCGGGUAAACAGAACUUGGAUGCAGACGCAUUGUCUCGCAGGCCUCAUGAUCCACCAGAUAGCGACCAUGUUUCCAGAAAAGAGAGUGAGAGACUUCGCCAGUUUGCUCUUUAUCACCUCAGUGAUGCAGGGUCUCCGGAGACAGUUCCUCCUCAUGUGAUCCAAGCUAUCUGUGACCGACACACGGUCAUGGUAGCUGGAGGUAGUGAUGACGACCCACAUACUCCCGGGCUGAGCUUGGUUGAGUCCCUAGCUCAUCAGUCUUCUGCCAUUCCAGUAUCCUUCCAGGAAGAACUGGAUGGGUCGCCUCUCAUUCCAUCAAUGUCUGCAGACGAGCUGAGACAAAAACAGGUGGCUGAUCCUGCCAUAAAUGCAGUAGUUGUUCAGCUAGAAUCUGGUCAAAGUCCCCCUCCGAGUCUUCGAGCAGAGCUCCCUGAACUCCCUUUGCUCCUUCGUGAACUAAAUCGUCUAGAGAUGCAGAAUGGAGUGCUUUAUCGCAGACGACAAGCUGAAUCCAACCUCACUUACCAAUUGGUGCUCCCUGAGGAGUUGAGGUCACGUGUUCUGAGAAGCCUUCAUAACGAUAUGGGCCACUUAGGAGUGGAGCGGACAGUGGACAUGGCCAGAGCCAGAUUUUAUUGGCCGAAAAUGCAGUCUACCAUCGAAAAGAUGAUUAAAACCUGUGAACGAUGUGUACGCAGGAAGACACCACCAGAGAGAGCCAGUCUAUUAGUAAAUAUCAAGACCUGUAGACCUUUGGAGCUGGUUUGUAUGGACUUCCUGUCCGUAGAGCCAGAUAGGUCAAACACAAAGGACAUAUUAGUGAUAACUGAUCACUUUACCAAAUAUGCAGUGGCAAUCCCAACACCCAACCAGCGAGCACGUACCGUUGCAAAGUGCCUUUGGGAAAAUUUCAUUGCACAUUAUGGUUUCCCAGAGAAACUACACAGUGAUCAGGGUCCUGAUUUUGAAUCUAAGACUAUAAAGGAGCUCUGUGAACUUGCUGGCAUGAGGAAGGUGCGCACAACACCUUACCACCCAAGGGGUAACCCGGUUGAGAGGUUCAACCGUACUCUCCUUCAGAUGUUGGGAACACUAGAUCAGUCUGAUAAGCUGCAUUGGAAGGAUUUUGUUAAACCGCUCGUGCACGCUUAUAAUUGCACAAAGAAUGACACCACAGGGUUUUCCCCCUAUGAGCUCAUGUUUGGGAGACAACCACGACUUCCCAUUGACCUGGCACUGGGACUGCCGGUUAAUGCUGUCAAACAUACACAUUCUCAGUAUGUGCGUGAUUUAAAAUCUCGCUUGGAGGAGAGCUAUAAGAUUGCUGCCUCCAAUGCAGGGAAGACUGCUGACCGAAAUAAGAUCAGGUUUGAUAAGAGAGUGGUAGAUUCAACUUUGGAAGAAGGUGAUAGAGUUCUCGUUCGAAAUGUGAAGCUCCGUGGCAAAAAUAAGCUGGCAGAUAAGUGGGAGGAAAGUAUUUAUACUGUCCUUAAGCGAGCCGGUGACAUGCCAGUUUACACAGUUAAGCCCGAGAACAAAGAAGGACCUGUUCGAACCUUACACCGUGACCUACUCCUUCCUUGUGGGUUUUUGCCUGCAGCUCCAGAACACAAACCUGACAGAGGUCCCCCAGCUAGGAGACCCAAAACAAGGCAUCGUUUAGACAGUGAGGUUGAAGAAGAUGGUGAUGAUUCAGAGUCUGAGUCUCCGUCUAGUUGGCCAUUGUCUUCUCAUCCUGUGAUAGACCCAGAUUCUGUUGUUACUGUGGUUGAAACACACAAGUGGAGUAAUCCUCUUUGUGAAGAAGUGCUGGAACCUAACCCUGAAACAUUAUUUGUUCCUACUGUCCCUGACACUCCUUCAGUCCAGAUUCCUGUAGAGAAAGAACCUGAAGUAGCAGUGCAGGACUUACCUGAUGUAGACAAUCCGCCAGAAGAAGGUUUUCUACCUGCAGAGGAGAUUGGCAUCUUACCUGAACCAGGAUCCUUGGUUAACUUGGUUCUCCCUGAAAUCACUCCCCCUUCUACAGAUCUAGAUUCAACUAGGGAACCUCUUCCUGAAAAGGAUGAGGCAGAUCCAGCUGUUGCUGAUGUAGAGGAGGAACAUGAUGGGAACACGGUGGUGACUGAGCAGCCUCAGUCCAUUCAAUCACGAGAUGACAGAUGUCAUGAUGUGAAACCUUCUCUUCGUCGCUCCCAGAGGAAAUGUGAAAGGCCUGAGAAGCUUCAGUACUCAAAGUUGGGUAGUCCAUUAUUGAUGGUAGUAAACUCUCUCUUCCAAGGCCUUAGUGAGGCAUUGGCAAGUUCCUUAGUUCAAUGACAUAUUGUCCCUGAAUAAUGUAAGCAGAUGCCCAGGGACGGGCAUACUGUCAAGAGGGGAGGGUGUAACCCAUACAAGUUUUAUGUCUAAUAAUAGUUCAGUUAAAUUUGGAAGAUGCAUCAAGGGAAUAAAAAAAAAUAGUUUUAUUGUAAAUACAUUAAAAAUAAAUUACUCGUAAUUUUAAGGCGAGUAGCUCCCCCCAUCUAUUUCCUGUUCCGGUUCGCGAAGCGCUCGUAGAUUUUCAGCUGCGUAUGAGAAACCAUCACGUUGCAACAACGGUGAGAAAGAAAAAAGUUUACCAUCGGAUGGAAAAGUGCCCGAAAACUUUGUGCUUGAGCUCGGAUAAAGUCCUCCAACCCUUCAGUGCUGCCGAGUGAUCGCCGAUUUCGAAAGUGGCGAAAAGUGAGUUUAAUCAGCUUCAUAGCUGUAAAGUUGUUAGCCCGCGUGCUACUGUUAGCUUUAGCAUCACGUUGCUAACACGUAGCAGCUACGUCGCCGGGAAGCGCGGUGUUUGAGUCAGCUCUUACUUCGUCUGAAAGAGUCUGGCGAUUAGCUUGGGUGCAGCUGUGCUGAGUGUCUGAGCUCAAGUGAUUUGGAGAUUGGUCAGGUUUUUUUCCCCCUCCUUUUGUGUACCCCCCUCGACCUCAUUGGUAUAUUCCGGAGCGGAUAUUCUGAUAGUCAUGAUGGCGAGCCUCCCACCUGGAUCAGAUGGAAAGGACUACACCUCUUCUGUGAUCACUGGAUUUUGCUUUGUGUGACCUACAGUGCGGUAGGCCAGAACUAAGAACACUGUCACUCAUCUGUGAGCACCAGCCCUAGCAGCUAUUUAUUUUAUUGUGAAAGUUUUUGACCGACUUAGACUGACUUGGACUAGUUUUUUCUUUGACCUAUUUUAUUUAAUUUGCUACUCUUGGGUUGGUGUGGGACAGAAAGGAAACCCUCCUUUAAGACAUCUGAUAGUGAACUGAACUGCGAAUCCUACUCAUCAGCCUGAGUUGUUUGUGAACACUGAGAACAGGCAGUGAAAGAGAUUUUUUUGUGAACAGUUGGCCAAAGAACAAACAAAGAACAAAAACCCGAGUCAUUAAGUGUCCACAUAUAUUGUAUUGUCUUAAUUAUUUGUGUUACUGUCUUUUAUUGUCUUUUAUAUAUAAAACCGGUAUAUGUUCAAGCAUCA